GUGUCAGCUUACAUCCCUUGACCAGCAGUGUCGGACACACAGAGCCUCCAGCCUGCAGCAAGAGCGCUGUCCAAAGACUUUCUCCUCAUAGAAUAUAUUUAAUCAGUGCCGCUCAGACAAUGCUACAUCUACUGCAAACAAGUAGAUAGCCUUGACUUUUGCCAAGAACAGGGCAGCUAAUAGCAGCGCAACGAUUAGGUGGACUGUAGAGGACCAAGAUUCAAGAGAGCACUGAAGAAAAGACUCCUUUUCAAAUUAUUGUUUUUCCUCAUUAUCCCUUAAAUUGAGCAUCUUUGUUCUUCAACUGCAAUCAUGGGGGCCACCGGCUACGGUUACUAUCGUGCGACCAUCUUCCCCUGCAUGUUCAUCGGCUAUGCGCUGUUCUUCUUCAACAGGAAGACCUUCUCCUUUGUCAUGCCCUCUGUGAUGGAGGAGAUACAACUGGACAAAGAUGACCUAGGUCUGAUCACCAGCAGCCAGACCAUGGCCUACGCCAUCAGUAAGUUCAUCAGCGGCGUGCUGUCGGACCAGAUCAGCGCCCGCUGGCUCUUCUCCAUCGGCCUCUUCUUGGUGGGGGGCAUCAAUGUGGCCUUCUCCUGGUCCUCCACGGUCCCCAUAUUCUCUCUGCUCUGGUUCAUCAACGGCCUGGGCCAGGGUUGUGGCUGGCCCCCAUGUGGGAAAGUGCUGCGCAAGGUAAUAGCAUCCUCUGUGCCACGUCCUGCAACACAGAGAUAUUCC